GUGAAGAGUCUCUUUUAUCUGCUCACACACACACACACACACACUGCUCCACUCUCCGGCUCUGACAUCUGCUCACUGGCGCGGCGCUUUUUAUAAAUCAGGAAGAAACACAGAUCUGUGUGAAGACGGAGAACAGAAAGUUAUGGAGUCUGGAGAGAGAUUGCCAUCGUCCACCCACUCCCAGCCAUCCUUCAGCUCCUCUGCCCCACCUCCAGCUUCAUCACCAAGCAGAACAAGCGAUAGUGGACGUCUGUUUCAGCUGGUUAGUGAUCCGGGUUUCAGAACGUCUUUCCCCAUGUUGAGCCAUCCGGCAUUCAGGCUGUAUGCUCCUCUGUCUGGAUGCUCUGAUUUCAGAGGCCUGGGGAUUUUGGGAUUGCAGGGAGGCUUAACGUCCCACCCACAGCUUGGAACGUUUCCAGACUGGUGGCGGGCGUCCGAUGCACAACUUCAUGGAGCUGCUGCUCUCUUUCCUCCUCUCUUGGGCCUGCCUCCUCUAUUCACCACUCCAUCACUGAGCCAGUCACACACUCCCAAGAAGAGCACACGGGGCUCUGCUAAAGGGUUGAAUGGUGCGGUCAGUGGCAAUAACAAAACAAAAUCUGCUUCCUCUGGAGCAAGCUCUACUUCCUCCUCACCCUUGCAAGCUUCUACAACCUCUGAACAGAUCACUACUCUGAAAUCGGGUAUGAACCCUCAGAACAAGACCACCAAAACCAUCUUCAACAACUGUAAAACAGAACAGUCAGCCACCAGUCCUCCAAACUGGAGCAGGAAACAGAAGAUCAAGACCAAUCAAGCCCAAGAGAGAACCAGCCACAAAACAAAAAAGAAACUAUGUACGACAGUGCCAGAGAUUUCCAGCAACAGUGACAGCCAAUCAGGAUCCAGUUCUGACAGCUCUAGUGACACUCUCAGCAGUUUGGGCUCCAUUGACCUGGAGAAUGAAGAUGAUGAGGAUCUGAGCAUAUGCAGCAGAGAAUCAGACUCUCAGAGAGGACAAAGAGUGAGUAGGAAGGUUAAGGACACCUCACCGAUGGACCAAUCUAAGCGUUGCUUCUCUAGUAGACCAGGUAUGUACUCUAUGGACCAAACGCAAUCCCAGGCAGCUCCGUUACUCUCCCGCAACUCUGAAACCAGAGAAGAGCAGAGCAAACACACCAGUGUCAUCCAGGCGACAGGAGUAGCAGGCAGCAGCAAGGCUUUCUCCCUCCCUCUACACCCUAACCAAGAUGCCUUGUCCAGACCUCUGUGUCUCACCUCAUCUCCCAAACCUCUUCCUGUGUCCUCGUCGCCAAUGCAUCGCUCCGUCUCUACAUCUCCAAAAGUAGCGGCUUUCUCCUCCUCUCCCAGCACAUCCAACGCCACCUCCUCACCCAAACCCAUGUCCUUAAUGAAAGCCAGGAGUUCUCCAAAUGAGUCCCUCAUGCACAUCAAUGACUUUAAUCAGCGCAAGCAGGCAAAGGAACACCAUGAUGCAAAUAAAUCCUUGAAGAAAAGUGUGUCGUCAUCGUCCUCCUCACGAUCACCUCAGAGUAGUCCUAAGCUGAAAUCCCCCAAUCUCCAAUACUCCAACCUGUUUCUCACCCCCAGCCUGCUGAACAACUCUCCCCAUCUUAAUGGAGUUGUUCAGAGUUCUGUGCAGGAGGUUCCCCUGGCACUUAUUACCAAGCCUCGCCCUCACAGCUCUAAAACCCCAGAUAAGCCUUUAUUGGCAGCUACCAGUCCCUUCUCUAACAUGCCCAUCAACCUGAGCACUGGAGCCAGACAGUCUUACUCUGGGCCUCUUGCCUUAGACCGAGCCUCCGCACAGCGAGAGUACUGCAGGGCGAGCGCAGGGUCACUGCCCCAGAGAACAAUGUUCAGGGAAACGGAGUUUGACAUUCCCAGCAGCAAAGACUCUGAUGAUUCAGAGGAAUAUGAUUAUGAUGAUGAUUUAAGUGACAGUCUUUCAGGCUCUGGCAGUAACAUGGACACUGACUCUGAAAAUGAUGAGGAGGACGUUAAAGAUGAUGAAAUGGAUACUGAUACAGAGAGCAUGCCCCUUAAACUUACUAAAAGCCCAACCUCUUUGACAGACCCUUCUACUAGCAAGGUCAACAGCUCCAGUUCACUUAACCUGCAAAUCCAUAAACCUGCUAACAUUUUGCAUACUAUGAACAGUUCUUGGCCUCUGACUUAUCACAGCACCCCAAGCUCAUCAUAUGUGGCCACGCCCCCAGUAAAGAGAAGAAGAGUGACAGAUGAGCAAGCACUGAGGAGACCUCUCGAACACGGGUGGAAAAGAGAGACCCGUAUCAGGAAUGUCUGUGGCCGUGUGCAGGGAGAAGUGGCCUACUAUGCGCCCUGUGGCAAAAAACUCAAACAGUACCCAAACGUUAUGAAGUACUUAGCAAGAAAUGGAAUAAGUGAGAUCACACGUGACCAUUUUAGCUUCAGUGCAAAAAUAAGGGUUGGCAACUUCUAUGAAGCGCGAGAAGGACCCGAGGGUUUGCAGUGGUGCUUGCUGAAAGAGGACGAGGUUGUUGCCUGUAUCUUGGCAAUGGAGGGGCAUAGAGGUCGUUCUAAGAGUCUGCAGCUCCAGUGUACUGAUGAUCCCUUCCAUUCGCACCACUGGAAAAGACCACCUAGUGUGGGUGAGACUGAGAUGGCUAAUGCUGCAUCGAUUAAACUACAGCGGAAACUGGAGGCACAGGAGUUUGCACGGCAGGCUGCUCAGAUAAAAAUGAUGCGAAAGCUGGAAGAAAGGGCUCUUGCACAAGCUAAUAAAGAGGCCAAAAGACAAAAAGCCCUACUGGAAGCAGAGGAGAAGCGCAAACAGAAAGAGCAGCUGAAGAUUCGAAAGCAGCAGGAGAAGGCCAGAAGACUUGAACAGCUUCGUGCUGAGAAGGCACUUCGAGCUCAGCAGAUACUUGAGGCAAAAAGGAAAAAAAAGGAGGAGGCCAUCAAUGCAAAAACACUAGAAGCUGAGAAACGAAUGAAGGAGAAGGAACUGCGCAGACAACAGGCAUCCGUUCUGAAGCAACAGGAAUUGGAGAGGCAUAGACUAGAAAUGGAACGGGAGAGACGCAAGCAGCACAUGAUGCUGGUAAAAGCCAUGGAGGCUCGGAAGAGAGCUGAGGAACGAGAGCGUCUGAAGCAGGAGAAAAGAGAUGAGAGACGCAUAAACAAAGAGCGUAAAAUGGAGCUCAGACGGCUGGAGCUAAAGAUGGUUAAAGAACUGAACAAACCCAAUGAAGACCUGUGUCUGCCAGAUCAGAAGGCUCUGCCUGAGCUGUCACGGUUACAAGGUCUGCUGUUACCGGAUAGUUGUGUUGGGGACUGCCUGAUGGUGAUGCAGUUCCUGCGUUGCUUUGGGAAGGUACUGCAUUUAGACUGCAGCACGAAGCUGCCCACCCUUCACAUGCUGCAGGCAGGACUCCUAAACCUGAGCCCUAGUGCAGCUCAGCUGCAGGAUCUGCUCAUUGGCCUACUCUCUGCUGCAGUGUAUGAUCCAGGCUUUCCACCAGGAUCGAUGGCUAAAACGGCUCUUGAUGAGCACGUUUCCAGUGUGGAGAUAAACCAGGAGAACAUGUCCGAGAUUUUGCAGAUCUACAUGGCCGCUCACUGCAGUCAGACGGAGCUCUCACCACUGGUAGAGAGUUUAAAGACCAAAGGCUUUCAGGCCCACACCCCCACUCAGAAAGCCUCCAUGAUGGCUUUCUUGGUCAACGAGCUGGCCAGCAGCAAGAAUGUGGUUAUGGAAAUUGACAAAAGUUUUGACCAUAUGACAAACCUACGGAGAGAAAAAUGUGUCAUUGAGAGUAGCCUUCGCAAACUGAGAAGCAUCUAUGCUCAGCGGAUUGGGAAGCGUGAGAUCAGUGUAGGAGGUGAAGAGAGCCAGGCUUUGGGACCAUCUACCACUGGUCAUAAACGUAAGAGAAAGAUUGGCGGCAUCGAGGAAGAUGAUGACGAGGAUGAUGACAGUAAUGAUCAAGUAGAGGAGGAUGAGGAUGAAGAGGAAAACGGAGGGAAGAAACACAAGAAAACGGAGACAUGUGAGGAAGAGGACGAUGAGGAUCAAACAGCCAGUGUGGAAGAGCUAGAGAAAGAGCUAGAGAAACUAGCCAAGCAACAGCUUCUGAUCCGCCGUAAACUGUUUGAGUCCUCAAACUCCUUGCAUUCAACAAUGCUAGGGCAGGAUCGCUAUAAGAGACGCUACUGGGCUCUUCCUCAGUGCGGAGGGGUGUUUGUUGAGGGUACAGUGAGUAGAGAAGAUCCACAAGGAGUUCAGCAUGAGUCUGAGAGGUCACAGAGUGUUCAGUGCAUUUCAGUGAAAGAGGAACCCACAGAGGUACCAGCUGAGAAACCUUGUGACGACCCACAGGCCAAGCAUGAAAAUUCCUGUCUGGAUCCACAGCAGGAGAAUGGCUCUUUCAAUCUGUUCCUGCAGAAGCCAAGUUCUUUUUCCAAACUCAGCGAACUGCUCGAGGUCGCAAAGAAAUCCAGGAGUGAUCCUCAAGACGUCAUUUCCACUGUUCCCCAAUUGCCUACAAACACUUCAAUGAUGUUACCCAGCAGCCUCUCUACUAACUUAAAUCAGGAAAUUAAAUCUGAGGUCAGCACUUUUCUAAGUCCUGUCCAUGUUGGCAACCAGCAACAUGAGCUACCAGUAAAUAGUGACCAACUCUCUAGUACUCUGGCAGAGAAACCUGCUCACUGGUUCAGCCUGCUGCCACGUUCACCAUGUGAUGAGUUCUCUUUGACAUCCAGUUCUACAAGUCCAUCAUCCUGCAGCGCCAAAGCCUCUUCAGUUGCCACCAGCAACAACAUGACCCAGUCUACCUCCACGAUCUCCUCCGGCAACAUCGCACCUUCUGUCAGCCCUUCUGCUACUGCACCAAUCAAUAACUUUUUAAAAGAAGGACUUCAAAUGAAGCACAUGAUGGACCUGCCAUUUCCUCCCAGGCAACCUGAAGUUAUCAGUCCAAAUAUGACCAACGACAUGCCCAUGUCCCCAAGACAAGGGGGCCCCCUCCUGAACCCUAGUGUGGCCACCAGUAAGAGCGAGUCCCCAGUACCAUCCGGCGAGAAAUCCCCUGCUCUAGAAAUGGCUAGAAGUCACGACCUCCCCUCCCCACAGCCUAUUCCACAAGGGAUGCUCACCGGGUGGUGGAAGGUGUCCAGCUCUGAGGAGUUAAGGAGUAUUGUGAGUGCCUGUCACCCUCGUGGGAUCAGGGAGAGAGUCCUACAGAAACAACUCCAGAAACACAUGGAGUACCUCACUCAAGUCUGUGCCAAGAACAAAGACGCUGCUGUGAUUGAUGUGUGUGAGCUGGAGCAGAGCCAGGUGUGUGAGGAGACGGUCCAGAGAUGGUGUGUUGAGGAGCACGCCAUGGAUAUGGAUACUGCUGUGCUGCAACAGGUGGAAGAAUUGGAGCGCAGAGUCAUUUCUGCCAGCCUACAAGUCAAAGGCUGGAUGCCCACAGAGCCACAGUCUGAGAGGAAAGACCUACGCUAUUAUGAGCACAAGGCUGUGGGCAAGAAUGAAAACACAGACAUUGUGCGACGGGCUGAUAACCCACUGGAUAUAGCAGUAGCGCACCUGUUUGAGCUGGAGCAUAACAUUGAGAGAAAGUACCUGAAGAGUCCCCUAAACGCCACCAUCCAGAUCACUCUGGAUAACCAGAGUAUAGUUAGCAUGCUGGCUCCUGCAACAACCACUAGUGCGGAGUAUGAUGGAGAAGGAGAAAACUUGGCCCCAGGGAUAGAGCUGUGGAGGAAAGCACUGCGUGAAGUGCGUAGUGCUGCCCAGCUUUCACUCUGCCUACAGCAGUUACAGUGUUCUAUCGCAUGGGAGAGAUCCAUCAUGAAAGUGUACUGUCAGUUAUGCCAGAAGGGGGACAAGGAAGAGUUGUUGCUCUUGUGUGAUGGCUGUGAUAAAGGAUGCCACACAUACUGCCAUAAUCCUCAAAUUACUACCAUCCCUGAAGGAGAUUGGUUCUGCCCUACCUGCACAGCCAAGGUGAGUGACUCUCCACAGAAGAGUCAGAAGCAAGCCAUUCGAAACAGUGGAGGGGGUGAAAAGCUGUCUGGAGCCAAACGCAGCAAGAAAGCGUGUAUGACAGGAGAGGGCUCAGAGAAUGACACACCCAGCACCAGUGCCAGCAGCACACCCAAGAAAGGAGGAAAGGAAAUGAGAAAAAGAAAAAUGGAGGACAGCCUGUGCAGCAACACCACUAAGCAGGAGAGCACAACACAAGUUAAAAGAUCUAAAACAGCCCGAGACAGCAAUAAAGACCUGGAGCUGUGCAGAUUGCUUUUGGCAGAGCUGCAAGCUCAUCAGGACGCCUGGCCGUUUAUGGCACCUGUCAAUCCCAAAUCAGUCCCUGGAUACCGCAAAGUCAUCAAGAAACCUAUGGACUUCUCCACCAUUCAGGAGAAACUGUCCACCAGCCAGCCAUGGCUUCCCCCAACAUGAUCUUUUCAGGACAUGUCAUCAUUUUGGUGAAGUAUAUUUAUGAUUUCUUGAUGCUGAUGUGCCAAGUUAGGUACAGUGUCUUGCAAAGGUAUUCAACUCCCUUGGCAUUUUGUCGCAUUACAAGCGAAAAUUAAAAUGGAUUUUUGGGGGGUUAGCACCAUUUGAUUUACACAGCAUGCCUACCACUUUAAAGGUGCAAAUUGUUGCUUUAUUGUGACACAAACAAUAAUUAAGAUGAAAAAGCAGAAAUCUGGAGUGUGCAUAGGUAUUCAGCCCCUUUCGUAUGAAACCCCUAAAUAAGAGCUGGUCCAACUCAUUCACUUCAUUAGUCACAUAAUUAGUUGAUUUAGGAUCCACCUGUGCGCAAUCAAAGUGUCACAUGAUCUCUAUAAAUUAACCUGUUCUGGAAGGACCCUGACUCUGCAACACUACUAAGCAAGCAACAUGAAAACCAAGGAGCCUCCAAACAGGUCAGAGACAAAGUUGUGGAGAAGUGUAUAGAUCAGGGUUAGGUUAUUAAAAAAAAAAUCCCAAACUUUGAAUAUCCCAGGGAGCACCAUUAAAUCCAUUAUAGUAAAAUGGAAAGAAUAUAGCACCACUACAAACCUGACAAGAGAAGGCCACCCACCAAAACUCACAGACCGGGCAAGGAGGGCAUUAAUCAGAGAUGCAACAAAGACACCAAAGAUAACACUGAAGGAGCUGCAAAGAUCCACAGCAGAGAUGGGAGUAUCUGUCCAUAGGACCACUUUAAGCCGUACACUCCACAGAGUGGGGCUUUAUAGAAGCGUGGCCAGAAAAAAAGUCAUUGCUUAAGAAAACACAUUUGGAGUUUGCCCAACAGCAUGUGACAGACUUCCCAAACACAUGGAAGAUGAUUCUCUGGUCAAAUGAGACUAAAAUGAAUCUUUUUGGCCAUCAUGGGAAAUGCCAUGUGUGGCGCAAACCCAACACCCUAAGAACACUAUUCUUACAGUGAAGCAUGGUGGUGGCAGCAUCAUGCUGUGGGGAUAUUUUUCAUCUGCCGGGACAGGAAAGCUAGUCAGGACUGAAGGAAAGAUAGAUGGCACUAAAUACAGGGCAAUUCUGGAGGAAAACCUGUUUGAGUCGGCCAAAGGUUUGAGACUGGGACGAAGGUUCGCGUUCCAGCAGGACAAUGACCCUAAACAUACUGCUAAAGCUACACUGGAGUGGUUUAAAGAGAAACAUUUUAAAUGUCUUGGACUGGCCAAGUUAAAAGCCCAGACCUCAAUCCAAUUGAGAAUCUGUGGCAUCACUUGAAGAUUGCUGUACACCAACGCAACCCAUCUAACUUGAAAGAGUUGGAGCGGUUUUGCCUUGAGGAAUGGGCAAAAAUCCCAGUGGCUAGAUGUGCUAAGCUAAUAGAGACAUACGCCAAGAGACUUGCAGGUGUAAUUGCAGCAAAAAGUGGCUCUAUAAAGUAUUGACUUGGGGGGGUGAAUGCCUAUGCACACUCCAGAUUUUUUUUCCCAUCUUAAUUAUUGUUUGUGUCACAG